AUGAAUACACCGAUAGUUAAGUUGUCGGACAAGGACUUGGAGACAGUUUACGAACCUGCGGAGGAUUCUUUCCUCUUGAUAGAUGUCUUAGAAGCAGAUUUAGAGAUCCUAAAAGCUGUAAAACCUACAAUGUGUUUAGAGAUAGGUAGUGGAUCCGGUAUAGUAAUUGCAGCACUGGCAAUGGCGUUGAAAGAACACUGUCAGCCUUUCCACAUGGCGGUCGAUAUUAAUACGGACGCUUGUAAAAUUACGAAAAGAACUGCUGUACGGAAUUUAGUAGAGGUAGAUAGCGUACGAAUGGAUUUAUUAAGCUGCAUACGUAGCGAUCGUGUAUUUGAUAUCGUAGUAUUUAAUCCACCGUACGUGGUAACGAGCGACGAAGAAAUUUCGAACAAACAGAUUUUGUUUAAAGCUUGGGCAGGCGGUACGAACGGUAGAAAGGUUAUGGAGCGAGUGUUUUCUAAAAUUCCCGAUAUAUUAUCGGACGUGGGGACAUUUUAUCUAUUGGUCAUCAAAGAGAACGAUCCGGAACACAUUUUACGGAUUUUUACGAAUAUGAACAUGGUAGGUAAGAUAGUGGCGGAAAGAAAGGUUAGGGGAGAACAUUUGCAUGUUUUACGUUUCAAGAAGGUUAGGUAG